GUGUACCCUGAACUGUCAUUCUUUGCAAUGGGGGAAGCGAGCAUUGAAUUGUUUGAUUGAAUGUGUUUUCAUUCAUUAGCUCUAAAAUAACAACAGAAGUGUAGUUGCUCUCUCUCUCUCUCUCUCUCUCUCUCUCUCUCUCUCUCUCUCUCUCUCUCUCUCUCUCUCUCUCUCUCUCUCUCUCUAACCCUUCCACCACCGUCGUGCACACUUCAAGAUGUCAUUUCUUGUUGACUCCGUAAUUAUGUUCACAUCCCAGGUGCUGUUUUUUGGUUUUGGGUGGCUGUUCUUUAUGCGGCGGUUAUUCAAAGAUUAUGAGGUUCGACAGUAUGUGGUGCAAGUUGUCUUCUCUGUGACCUUUGCAUUCUCCUGUACCAUGUUUGAACUUAUUAUCUUUGAGAUACUGGGAGUUUUAAGCAGCAUUUCUAGGUAUUUCCACUGGAAAGUGAACCUGUAUGUCAUUCUGCUUGUCCUCAUCUUUGUAGUGCCUUUCUACAUUGGAUACUUUGUGGUCAGCAACAUCCGAUUGCUACAGAGACAAAAGCUGCUGUUUGCUUGUGUGGUCUGGUUUACCUUCAUGUAUUUCUUCUGGAAGCUUGGAGAUCCAUUUCCCAUUCUUAGUCCAAAGCAUGGAAUCCUGUCUAUUGAACAGCUGAUCAGCCGUGUUGGAGUUAUCGGGGUGACACUAAUGGCUCUGCUGUCUGGUUUUGGUGCAGUGAAUUGCCCUUAUACCUAUAUGUCAUAUUUUUUAAGGAACGUAACAGACAGUGACAUACUUGCACUGGAGAGGAGACUGCUUCAGACAAUGGACAUGAUUGUCAGCAAAAAGAAGAGGAUCGCAAUGACAAGAAGAAUGAUGUACCAGCGUGGUGACGACCACAAGAAGCAAACAGGUUUCUGGGGGAUGAUAAAGAGUGUCACGUCUUCACCCCCUGGCAGUGAGAACCUCUCUCUGAUUCAGCAGGAGGUGGAUGCUCUGGAGGAGCUGAGUCGACAGCUUUUCUUAGAAACAGUGGACCUCCAUGCCACCAAGGAAAGAAUAGAAUAUUCCAAAACAUUUCAAGGAAAAUACUUCAACUUUCUUGGUUACUUCUUCUCCAUCUACUGCGUCUGGAAGAUCUUUAUGGCCACUAUUAACAUUGUGUUUGAUCGUGUGGGAAAGACAGACCCAGUAACGCGUGGAAUAGAGAUCACUGUCAACUACCUAGGCAUACAGUUUGAUGUAACAUUCUGGUCCCAACAUAUCUCUUUUAUUCUAGUUGGAAUCAUUAUUGUUACAUCAAUUCGAGGCUUGUUAAUAACACUCACUAAGUUCUUCUAUGCCAUCUCAAGCAGCAAAUCCUCUAAUGUCAUCGUGCUUGUUCUUGCACAAAUUAUGGGGAUGUAUUUUGUUUCUUCUGUUCUGCUGAUGAGAAUGAGCAUGCCUCUGCAGUAUAGGACUAUCGUUACUGAGGUGCUUGGGGAGCUGCAGUUCAAUUUCUAUCACCGCUGGUUUGAUGUCAUAUUCCUGGUCAGCGCACUCUCCAGUAUCUUAUUUCUCUACCUAGCCCACAAGCAAGCACCUGAGAAGCACAUGACUUUGUGAUCCAGUGAAGAUGUUUGUGACAAAGACAGCAUGCAGAGACUGUGGCUUACUAUAUAGUUUCAUGGCCAUAUACAGUGUUACCAAGCAAGAGUUGUGUCUCAACAAACAUGCCUCGUCAAAUUGUUUAAGAAUGAAUGAGCUGUCCCUGAAUCAGGAAUUCCUUUAUUGUAUCAUUUUUUAGGGGACUUUUAUUUAAAUCAGUAUUUGUCAAUACACUGGAGAUUUUGAGAAUGUAUCUCCAUAUUGUCAAGGGAAGUGAAUCAUGAAUGGCUGAAUGUUAUUUUGUUAUGUUUUCAGUGUAAUUAGCAGAUAGUGGAUCAGAGAAACGUGACCGAUACCUGUGGCCUUUUUAAAUGAAUACCAUAAGGCUAUUGACUGACACAAAUCAAAAUGCAUACAGUGCUUUUUUGCAACCUGUCGGUGUGUUUUCUUGUUUUGUUCUUUACUUUUAUUUACCAGUAUUUUAAAGUGCUUUUGCAUAGAUUGGCAUUAAAUACAUUGAUGGUAUCUACCUUAUUCUGUAAAAACUCCUCCCCAUGAUUUGUAUUUCGAUUCUAUUGGUAUACAAAACUAGAGAAUGAGUGUUUGGUACCAUAUUAUUUAUUUAUUUAUUUAUUUUACGCACCACAGAUAAUGUUUUUGAGUGUUUGAAAAAGUUAGCACUGUUUAAAAUGCAUCCACUACUUUAAACAUUCACAACAAUCAUAUUCAUCUAUAACUUCAGAGAGAAAUCAUUCAACUGGUUAUUCCAUGUAGACUUUAAACAUUGUGCAAAGGUGGUUUAAGGUACUUUGUCAUUUAUAAGAUUAUUUAGGCAACCAUGGAAAUGUUCAUUAUGUUUUCAGAAAACUUUAUUUCAACUGCCAUGCAACUGUAAUGUCAGUAAUCUUCAGAUAUUCAACAACAGAUACAACCUUUCCUCAGUCAUUGGCUAAAAAUAUGUAGACUCACAUCCCAUUUUACUAAGUAGGCCUGGCUGAAUCAUUGUAGCUUCAUUGCUUAUCUUCUCCUCAGAAGCAUACAGCAAGUACACGCACUGCUUUGCAGCAAGCUUAUAUUGCUGCUAUGAUUUUUUCCUUUUUUUUUUUUUUUUUUUGAUUGAGGCUUUGGGACCAAA